CUGAGUGUCUAAAUUUAUGAGCUUUGGUUAGAAAAUUUCUUCUGUUUUCAGAGUUAAUAGAAGAGAAUUGCAAGAAAAGGAAUGGACGAUCAAACGGAACCGAUAAUCAACCAAGUUUCCAUAGUAUCCAUGAUUGCUACGGCUGCCAUGGCAAUUGGAGCAUGGUUUAUUACCAAUAAAAUAAGUAAAACAGUAAGGAAAACUGACAAAUUUGUAAUUUUUUGGUUAAUCUGGGACGCAAUGAUACACUUAAGUUUAGAGUUAUCAUUCGUUAUUUUAUCACUUACAACAACUGUUGAAAAAUCUACUCAUUGGACUUCACUAGUAUGGAAAGAAUAUGGCAAAGCUGAUGCUAGAUGGCUAAUCUUAGACCCUUGUAUAGUUUCAUUAGAGAUUAUAACUGUUUUCGUAGAAGGACCAAUGUGCUUAGUAUUAGUCUACGCAAUAGUUAAAAAUAAGCAUUACAGGCAUUUCUUACAAGUCGUUCUAUGCGUUGGAGAAAUUUAUGGUGGUUGGAUGACUUUUGUACCAGAUAUAUUGUUAGGAUCUCCCAAUUUAGCAACAAAUAACUGGCUCUAUCUCUGGGUUUAUAUGGUAUUCUAUAAUGGGAUAUGGGUUGUUAUACCUGCACUUUUACUUUUGCAAUCCUAUUAUGAAAUGAAAAGCGCAUUUUCAAAGAAGAAAGGUCAAUAA